AUGGAAACCAUAUUGAUAGUCCUUGCUAGUGCUGGUGCGAACAUUCUGCUUCUUAAACUAGGUUUUCCAAACUAUGAAGCUCGUUGUGCAUUUAGCAAUAUUGAAGGUCGUCAUUACGAUAUUCUCGAUGAGAAAGGUUGGGAGGUGGGUCUUGAUGUUGUUAAAGCUCUUAUAGAUGAGAAUACUGUAGCAAAAAAGGCAAGAAAGAUAGGGAUCUUGGUCAUUACUAACGAAGUUUAUGAACAUCUCACUUUUGGAAGCAAUCCAUUUGUUCCUAUGGGUGUAAUUGGAUCAAUGGUUCCUGUUGUCACUCUCAAUUUUAUAUCAAAGAAAUGGGUUGUUCUUGGUUGGCGACUUGGGAUCAGAUACAGUGCAACAUCUUCUCAUUCAUUGCCAGGAAGUAUGGAAAAUGCGGCAGUGGUGGGGGAAGGAAUGGGGAGUCGAAUGAGUUGUCCCUGCUGA